AUUAAGUGCACACGGGCAUGCAACCGCAGAGGAGGGAUUUGAAAAGUACAAUCAGAAGAUUACUAAUCCAAAAUUCCUUCCAAAAAUCCCUCGAAACUAACACAGAUUCAUCGCCAACAAAACUAAUCAGAAGAUUGAGAUCAACGAGAACGAGAAAUUUGAAAGUUCACCUUUAACUUUAUUACAAAACGGACACGCUUCGUACCUGGGACAUGGAAACAGCAGCGGCUAGAGAAGCAACAGCCUCAACCACGCCCAACGACGCAGCUCGGGCAGAGCCGCCGGCGAUGGAAUCGAGGAGAUAGGAGGACCGCUGCCUGUGGCGGAACUAAAUAGCAUAUCAUGUCCCCUACAAAAUUCCUACACUUCGGCACUGCAAUCUCCCGAGCAACAUCCAGAUCUCUAUCGCCACUCCUCUUCCCCAGAAGAUUCUUCAUCAAGUGCAGCUCUUCUACUACGCUAGAUUCCGCCGGCGACGACGGCGUUGAUGCGCCUCAACCACACUCCAGCCUCAUUCACCACCCCUGGCCUGAAUGGAUUUCCUUUGUCGACGGCCUGAAGACCAAAGGUUACUUGAUCGAACCUCCUUCGGAAGAUGCAAACGGAGAUGGGAGCAGUAGUGAUGCAGUUUCGCCAUCCGAGACUGAUUACAGCGACAUGAACGUGCUGAAGGAUGCUUGCCUUAGCUUUGCACGCGACCGCCACGAUAUUCUAGAGUCAUUGUCCAGAGAUGAUAUUCAAACGGUAAUGAAGGAUGGAUGUCCCAAUCUCUUCCGGAAAGUUGUCAAUUCAGCUAAAAGGUUAAGGGCUUAUGUGCAUCUAGAUGAAGGGGAGGUUUGUAGUACUUGCAACCUUCGAGGCUCCUGUGAUAGAGCUUAUGUUAUUAUGAAGGAAACAGAAGCUGCAAGAACUGUGGAUAUAGCUAGAAUAUUGUUGGCCUAUGCAUUGGAUCCACUUGUUUUGUCUGGAGGGGACAAAGCUUUGGGUAGAGAGCAUGUCGAAGUCUCUAUCAGGAAAUUGCUUUCUGAGAUAUCUGAACUGAGUGAAGAACCCAUUGAGGCAGCUGCAGCAGUGAAAGCUGAUACAAAAACUCCAUCAAGAAAAGAAAAGCCUUCAAAACUUACAAAUGAUGCAUUGUCUAAAGAUGUUGAGAUGAAAAGAGGAGAUUGGAUGUGCUCAAAGUGCAAUUUUUUGAAUUUUUCGAGAAACAAAAGAUGUUUAAAAUGCAAGGAAGAAGGUCCUAAAAGAGUUGGGGCAGAUGAUAUAGAAAUGAAGAGCGGAGAUUGGAUCUGCCCAGAGUGUAAAUUCAUGAACUUCUCAAGAAACAUUCAGUGCUUAAAGUGCAAAAGCAAGAGGCGGAAGAAGAUUAAUAAUGUUGAUGAAAUUGGAAUGAAGAAGGGAGAUUGGAUCUGCCCGCAAUGUGAAUUCAUGAACUUUGCGAGUAAGAAGGAAUGCUUGCGAUGCCGAGAACGUCGUCCAAAGAGGGAGCUGAGUCCAGGAGAAUGGGAAUGCCCCUCAUGUGACUUUUUUAAUUACAGACGGAACAUGAUGUGCCGCAACUGCAAUUGUGAGCGCCCUAGACAAGAAAUAAGUGCGGAGUACCAGGAACAUCUAUGGGAGUCACCCACGGAAAGAUGAACAAACUAUUUUAUGCCAUUAUUUUGGCUCCAAGUAUAUAAAUUCUCUCUCUUUCCAAUUCCACGGGAUGUUUAUUUACUUAAUGAGUAUUGCCGCAUGAUAUUCCUUUCCUUUCCUUUCGCUUCACAGUUUUAUGCAUCUCUAGAGAGAUUUCAGGGAAUGCUUCGUUUCAGAGUUCUCUUUUCACAAUUUUAAAACGCAUUUACUAGAGAGGUUUAAGGGAAUGCUUCAUUCUCUUCUCCAAUCGAUGUGGAAUCUCACAAUCCAGCUCGUUCUGUCUUGUCGUCAGCUUCACGAUGGAUCUCAGUGCCUCGCUCUGAUACCAUCCUGUCAUUUAUAAUAGUCUAGCCAUCGCUAAUAUUGUCCACUUAUGUUACAUAUAGUCAUUCUGGCUUUGAUACCCCAGUGUCUACUAUUGUCUACUUAUGUUACAUAUAGUCA